UUCGUCACCGCCAUCUUGCUACACCCGGUGAACAUGCCCUUAGGUGGCGCACUAGCGUCCAUCUUUAUUUAGGAACAUAUUGGCGAUAUUAGAAUGAAACUAAACAAGAAUAUCUGUACAGUAUAUCUAUUCACAGGUGCAGUAAAAAAAAAAGAAGCUAGGGCGUUUGUCUUGUAAGAAAUUGAUCUGUUCUGGUUGGACAGUCCUGGUAUUCCCGCCUCAGGACGAUUCCCAGCAGGUUUGGUCCCUUGGGGGCCCCGUAGUGGCUGCGGUUGUCAUGACGCCGGAUCUAGUGGUUGGCUGAGGUGAGGAAGACAAGGAAGAAGACGGUCGGGGGAGUCAGAGUGUUGGGAUGGCUCUGGACUCUCAGCCUGGACCAUCGGCUCUUUCUGGGGCUCGGCACUGCCUGCCAUUCAGAAGUCAUGGGAGAGACACACAGCUGCGCUUUAAUCUGAAUGUUGAUACUCAUCCAUCAAAUCUGGCUACCCAGUUCUCGAAUCCUUCUCCCAUCAUAAUUGAGAAGAUUUCAAGUCUUCAAAAGAAGCAUUUACAAGAUAAAUUGGAGAGAAAACUGAAAUCUCAGUUGUCAAACCCUUCUCCCAUCACUAUCGAAAAGAUAUCAAGUCUUCCAAAUAAGUCUUUAGAGAAUUUAGCUUCUUACGAUUUGCAAUGUAAUUCCUCCUCCUCGAUGGCUUUCUCUGCUGUAUCAGAAGAACGCUUAAACGUUGCUAUUUGGCUUGUAAAGCGAGAUCUCAAACAAAAGCGUUUACAGGAGAAGUUGGAGGGUGAACUAAAAUCGCAGCCAAACAAACCGCAUUCCCCUCCAUUCAGAAGAGGGGUGAUUAUUGGCAGUCCUGAAAAGGCCAACGCCAGAACUUUUGUAAAGGACAGGAAGCCUAACCGUUCCAUAAAGCCUGAAGUGACCAAAUCGGGUGCUUUGGUAUAUGUUUAUACACCAGACAAGAAUAGGAAUAAUGUAGAGGUGGCAGACUCCCCGCCUACCCGUGACCCCGGGCCAGGUCUUCUCCCAAAAACUGAAGCGGAACAGAAUGAGCAGGAAGUAAGACGUCUGCAGAAAGAACUCCAUUCUUGCAUGAGGAAAAUUGAAGAACUGGCCAAGAAAGAAUGCAAUAGAGAUACUUUGGAUCCCUUAGAAGAGGCCAGGGGCCGAAUACGCCAGCAGGAACGGGCAACCAGAUUUAGCAGAAUGCUUUAUGUUCUACGGCAACAGGUAAAAGAGAUCCAAGAAGAUCUAGAAAAGCUAAGCCCACAUAAAAUAAAGCAUACAAAGAAGUCCCGAACCAUGUCUAGAUUGGCAGCAGUUCACCGAGGAGCAAUUCGUGUUCUACAGAUGUUCAUCACUCAGCUGAAUGAACGUGGCGAGCAGCAGAUACCUUCUCUCUACAAGGAGCUUGGCCAUCUCAUCCGCCAGCUUUCCCUUUGUUCUGCAAAGCUGGAGGCUGGAGGGGAUCCAGCUGCCUCCGAUAUAAUCAUCUCAAUUCUCCAACAAACUGAGAACUUAGAUUUACUUCUUGAAGGUAAGACGUCUUCUCAUGCAAGGAAGGCAUCCCCAAACGCUGCAACAAGUAGAUCACCGCACAACAGGAAGAAUUAUUAUGAUGCCAGAUCACCUGUUAGAGAGGGCCACCCUCCUCCACCUAUCCUCAAGCAGAAGGUGUUGCCAGAAGAGAACCGGAAACGUGUAAACAGACGGCUAGUGGUUGAUGAUCCCCCAGAAUCACUCAGUGCUGCCACACAGACUGACCUUGGGCCUGCACUAGAGACAUCACCACCAGAAAGGCAAGUGGUACUUCGGUCUGCUAUAGAAACAUUAAUUCAUUCUGGUCAUCUGAAGGACCUGCCUAGAGCCGAGGCUGGACAGAACAAGAACAAGGGUGUGUUGAUUCCGCAAAGACCCAAGGGAUUUAGAAUGCCUCGAAAGACAGGGCCCUCCCGGCAUGCACACUUCCAGAAGAAAACUGUGGCAUUCAAGCUAAAGGAGAACCGUCCUGUUGUCAGAGAGAAGAAAACUCCUUGGGUGCCUCCGAACCCAACAUCUCCACCAGCUUCUCCAAAAAGAUUAAACUGGAGCACAGAACAGAAAAGACUGCAUGGCUCUCAAUCUAGAUUAUGUAAUGAAAUCGACUCCAUAAAUGAAAAUGAAAAUGAAAAGGAAGACCUCAAGACAAAAGAUACUUCAAGGUUGGCUUGGUUGGAUUCGGAAAUGGCAAAAAGGAUGCAUCAGCUGGAUGAUCUAUACAGGAAUCAAAUUGCUCAUUUUCAUGAUCUAAGGGAAGAAGUUAAUGCAGUAAAAGAGUUGGUGGAGGACAAUCUUGAAGAAAGGAAUGCAUCAAGACAACAGCCCAAGAAACAAAAGGAUGCCUUACUGGAAAAGCAGAGGGAUGACAGUCUACGGAAACUAGAUUUAUUUGAUAGAAAUGAGUAUCCCAACAUUAUCCCACAAGAUGAUAUCAACUUGGAGGCCAUGAUUGAGAGAAUAGAAGAAAUAGAAAAAUACCAGGAAUCAGUUCGUCAGAGGUAUACCAAGAUAGUCUAUUCAGACCCAGAUUUUUGGGCACAAGAAGAAAAGGAAAGAAUACAUGCAAACAUGGACAAGAAUCCUAGCUCUCCCCAUCCCAUUAUGAUCACAAAGCCUACACAGAAAAGGGAACCUGUAGUGAAAAUUUUUCUGGAGGAACCUGUAGAAGGAGAUUCACUCCAGAUAAAUAAAGAAGAGCUAUCUCGAUCCCCUCCUCACCAUUUUAUUCAGCCUUCAUCAUCACAAGCUAAAGGACUCAGGAUCUCUGUUCCUCAUCAAAUGCUACAAAGUAUUCAAAAUUAUACAGAAAGAUUUGACAGACACCUUCGGCUGACAUCUCAUGAGGAAGUGGGUGCAUUUAACCCAUGGCACAUUGCUGAGAGCUUGGCAGAAGAGCUCAUGAAUGAUGCCUUAGGUGAAGUAGCAGCAGAGCUGCAUGGCCUUUGUGAUGAGUACGCUGAAGCUGUCUUUACUUCGGAGUUUAUGGAAUCGGCAGAAAACAACCACUGAUUUAACUGGUUACUUUGUUGUCAUAAUGUUGCAGAUCACUACAAUGUGUGUGUGUGUGUGUGUGUGUGUAUACACUGCUACCCCUCUGCAAAGCAAAUGAAAAAAAGGAAAGGGUUUCUCUCUUGUUAGCUUUAGCAGCUUGUCAUGGCUUAUGUACCAGCUUUGGGGUACAGAACAGUUUGGAGGUAACAGAAUAAUUUUAUUAGCACCUUAGUGCAGGCACCAUGUAGUGUCUUUUAUGAGUGAGUUAAAAAAACUUUUAUGAGUGCCAAACUUCCACAACAUUCAUAUUUUAUGUUUGAAUUUAGUCUAACUUCCCUGUGGCAUCACAGUCUAGUGUGGGUACCUCAGUAACACACAGUGGAGAACUCUUAAAGGGGUUGUAAAGGUAAAAAAAAAAAAAAAAAUCAU